AUGCAGAAGAAGAAGCAAAAGACGCUCGACGAGAGCGCGGCGGCGGCGCGCGGCGCCGACGCGCGCGCGAACGGGACGGCGCCGGCGCCGACGACGCUCGCGGAAGCCGCGGUCACCCCCGCGACGGCGGCCGCGCCGACCGCCGCGCCGGCCGCCGCGCCGCGCCCCGGCGAGGAUGAUGAGGAGGAGGUCGACCCGCUCGACGCGUUCAUGGCAACGGAGGUGGCCCCGGAGGUGGCGCGCCGCGUCGCGGAGGAGCGCGCGGCGAAGACGGCGUCGAUGCUCGCGCGCGCGAACGAGAUCAAAUCAGCGCGCGAGCGCGGCGUGGACGUCAAGGCGAGGAAGGACGCGGCGAUGCUCGAGGACGUGGACGAGGAGGACGUCCCGGACGAGGUGAUCGAGGUGCCGGACAACAAGGUGAAGCUCGUCAUCGGCGCGGGGGGCGAGAACGUCAAGAAGAUUCAGAAAAAGUCCAACGCGCGGCUGCAGGUUCGGAGGAAGGACGACGUGAUGAAUCGCGGGUUCGGCGGCGUGACGGCGACGGAGUGGGAGGACGGCGUCUUCGCCGCGGAGGGGGGGCGCCGCGACGGCGUCACGAAGGACGGCACGCCCAUACCCGUGGUCCCCGGGAUGACGACGUUCAUGCUGUUCGGGUCGAAAGACGAGCGGGAACACGCGAAGAAGAUGAUUCGCGACUUGUUCGACCGCGCGGAGGAGGAGAAGCGACAGAAGCGGCGCGACGAUAAGGAGCUCGCGAAGAAGCGGAAAGAGCGCGAGCGGCAGAUGUAUCACCUGCGGCAUAAGAAGGACUACGACGUCUUGGAGGUGCCGCUGGGCGCGUCGAAGGAGGAGUGUAAGAGAGCGUACAGGAAGCUCGCGGUCCGGUGGCAUCCGGAUAAGCACGCGGACGGCGACGCGAAGGAGGUGCGAUCGAUCGGCGCUCUCUUUCUCUCUUUUCUCCUCCGCGCGCGAUCGGUCGGUCGAUCGUUGAUUCUCGACCACUCGUUUUUACACGUCAUCGAAUCGAAUCACGCGCUGACCAAUCACCACCCGUCCUCGCGCGCAGACGGCGUCGAAAAAGUUUUUGGAGAUUCAGCAGGCGUACAACAACCUCAUGACGACGGACGAGGAGGCGUCGAUCGAGGCGCUCGCGGGCGGCGGCGGCGGCGGCGGCGGCGGCGGCAACGCCGCGAAAGCCGCGAAGGACAUCGCGGCGGCGAUCAAGAAGGCGAGGGAGGCGGUGGCGGCCGGCGGCGGCGGCGGCGGCGGCGGUUUCACUUCCGACGACGUCGCCGCGAGCGUGCGAGAGGGGGUGGAGCGAGCGAAGAGAGCGGCGGAGAGAGCGGCGGAGGAGGGGAAACGAGCGAACGCGGAGGCGGCGAUGAAGGCGGCGCGCGACGCGUACGAUCGCAUGGGGUGAUGGCGUCCGCGGACUAGGUUCUUAAUCGCGCGGACAGAGUAGU